AUGUCAACAGUAAAACAGAUUCAAACAGGAUAUAUUGUUAAGGAAGGAAGUAAUGUAAAAAGUUGGAAGAAAAGGUGGUUUGUAUUUACCACAGAUGGGAAUAUUAGUUAUUACACAAAUAGACAAGAGACAUGUAAAAAAGGAGAAGUUGAUAUGAAACAUGCAAUAAAAGUGAUUAAAGUAAAUGGAAAAAAGUUAAUGAUAGAAAUUCAUUUUGAUAGUUCGCGAGUAUUUAGAUUAAAGUUUGAUGAUGAAGAAGUAGAAGAAAGAUGGUAUAAAAGUUUUAUUGAAUUUAUUGAAGAUAAUAAAACAUCACAAAAUGGAUUUUCACGUUAUGAAGAAAUUGAUUUAAAUAAUUUUAAUAUUGGAAAUACAAUAAUGCAAACAGAUAAAGGUUCUGUUCAAACAGUUACUUAUACAAGAACACAAAUUAAAUAUUCAAUGAAAACAUUAUUAAAAUUAACAUUAAAUAGUGAUGAAAUUGAAUAUAUUGAAUCAAUUCAUAAUUCUCUUAAAUUAUCUGAGUGUCCAUAUUUAUGUCGUACUUGUUUAUCAUUUCAAUCAGAAAAUUUACAUUUUGUAAUGAACGAAUAUCCAACAAAAAAAUUAUCAGAAAUAAUGAAUUCUUCUAUUCUACCUAUUCCUCGUGUUAAAUUUUAUGCAACAGAAUUAUUACUUGCAAUUAAUGCUUUACAUAAAUGUAAUUAUAUUCACAUGGAAAUUAAUCCUGAAACUGUUUUAAUUACUGAGGAUGGUCAUAUCUUUUUAACUACUCCAGUUGGUUUACGUGCUUCUUAUAAAUGUGGUUAUAAUUAUUUUGCUCCUGAAUUAUUAGAAAAAAAACAACCAACUGCUGCUGUCGAUUAUUGGAGUUAUGGUAUUUUAUUAUUUGCAAUGGCAUUUGGUGAAGCACCUUUUUAUGAUACAAAUCCAUCGACUGUAUGCAAAAAAAUUAUCAGUGAACCUAUUAAUUUCCCUUAUAAUACUUUCCCUGAAGUAGAAAGUUUUGUAACAGAAUUACUUGUAAAAGAUCCAUCAAAAAGAAAUUGUGAUUUUGAAGCUCUAAAAUUUCGUCCAUUCUUUGUUGGAAUUAACUUUGAUAAAUUUCAAAAGAAAGAAGUUUCUUUACAAUAA